CAAUCCGAACAUUGGUUGUCAACAUGAAGGCAUUAAAAAUAUCUGCUGUUAUCUUCGGGUGUAUUCUCUUGUUUGCAAAUGUCAACACGACUGAUGAAGAAGGAGGCGAGACGGCGGAGAUACCUGAUGAAGAGGAAUUAGAAUCCCUUGAACCUGAUGUUCAAGAAGAAAACGAUGUUUUGGUUUUAACACAGAAGAAUUUUGAUGAUGUUGUACCAGACAAGGAUAUUAUAUUGGUAGAAUUUUAUGCCCCAUGGUGUGGACAUUGCAAGCAGCUAGCACCUCAUUAUGAGAAAGCGGCUAAAAGACUGAAAGAGAAUGAUCCUCCUGUUCUCUUAGCAAAGGUUGAUGCCACCGAAGAGUCAGAACUUGGUACUAGAUAUGAUGUUUCUGGAUAUCCAACUCUGAAAGUAUUCCGUAAAGGAGAAGCCUUCAACUAUGAAGGACCCAGAGAAGAAGAAGGUAUUGUAAAGUAUAUGAAAGAACAAGCGGAUCCAAACUGGAAACCUCCACCAGAGGCAGUAAUAACAUUGACCGAGGCAAACUUUGAUGAAAUUGUUAAUGAAGCAGAACUUAUCUUAGUUGAAUUUUAUGCACCAUGGUUUGUGGGAUGUACCGGGUCAACUAUCCAAUCAAAAUAUGAGAAGGUAUGCAAGUUUGGUAUUAUAAGUUACAUGCAGAAACAAGCUGGUGAUAGUUCAAUUAUGAUAGAUGACAAGAAAGCAUUGAAGCUUUUGAUAAGUAAUAAGGAGUCUGAUAUCAGUGUUGUAGGCUUCUUUGAAAGUAAAGAUGAUGAACUUUAUCAAACAUACCUGGAUACAGGUAACAGUCUUCGAGAUGACUUUGACUUUAUGCACACAUUUGAUAAAGAGUCUAGAGAUUACUACAAAGCAAAGCCAGGAAAUAUUGUAAUGUUUGUACCUGAGAGAUUUCAAAGCAAAUAUGAGGAAAAACGCUACGUCUGGGAUAAGUCCACUGCAACAACAGAAGAAUUGAAGGAAUUCUACAAAGAACAUCAGACCCCACUAGUUGGAGAGCGAACUACAGAUAAUCAGGAAAAAAGAUACAGCAAGAAACCAUUGGUGGUUGUCUAUUAUACUGUGGACUUCAGUUUUGACCACAGAGUUGCAACACAAAUAUGGAGAGAUAAAAUAGUUGAGGUUGCCAAGGACUUUCCAAGUCUCACUUUUGCCAUCGCAAAUGAGGAAGAUUUCGAAAAAGAGCUUCAGGAAUUGGAAUUAGCUGAUAGUGGUGCAGAAAUGAAUGCUGGCAUCUUUGCUGAGGAUGGAACAAAAUACAAGAUGAAGGCAGAUGACGAUGAAUUCGAUGAGGAAUUCAGAGAGUUUGUUGAGAAUUUUGUGGCUGGUAAACUGAAACCAGUAAUCAAAUCACAACCUGUCCCGAAGAAAAACGAUGGACCAGUGACAAUAGUGGUCGGCAAGACAUUCAACAAGAUUGUACUUGAUAAGAAGAAAGACGUUUUGAUUGAACUAUAUGCACCAUGGUGUGGCCAUUGUAAAAAUCUAGAACCUAUCUACAAAAAGUUGGGUAAAAAAUACAAGAAGGAAAAGAAUCUGGUUAUAGCAAAGAUGGAUGCCACGGCCAAUGAUGUGCCUCCAAACUACAGCGCCAGUGGCUUCCCAACGAUCUAUUUCGCACCAGCAAAUUCUAAAGAUUCACCGCUUAAAUUUGAUAAUACACGUGACCUGGCUGGGUUCACUUCAUUUUUGGAGGAAAAAUCCACAGUUUUGAAAAAAUCGAGAGUCAAGGAAGAGCUAUAACCUGCUGUUCAAUAGAAUAGCUCAUUACUCUUCAUUCCUCUUUUGUAGCUUCAUUUUAUUAUUUCCAAGUCUUCAUAGUUUUUCAUGAGCCAUAACACCAUAUUUGCUUGCACCUUAAUAAGUCCCUGAUAAAAACAUCUUGUGUCCAAAUUAAUUUUGUUAAAGCGCGGUGGUGGUCACAUGUGCGACAUUUGUGUUGAUAAACAUUGAUUUACCCACAAUCCA